GUCACCGAGUGUCACGCCGCCCUCUCCGCCCUCCGCCGGAGGUGCGGGAGCGCGGCGCAGAGCGCGGCGGAGGGCUGGGUGCGCGGGGGCGCGGGAGUGCGGGUUCCCUGAGAGCCGCGCGGCACCCGGAGCGCGCUGGCCGCCUGAGCUCGGCGCGCAGCCCAGAGCCCGGAGCCGGCCGCCCCCCCUCCACCCCUGCCCCCUGUGCGCUGGGCCGCAGCCCCGGCCGCGGCAGCCAGGCUCCCGGGGAGCGCGCCCCGCCAUGGAGCCUUCGCACAAAGAUGCCGAGACGGCGGCGGCGGCGGCGGCGGUGGCGGCCGCGGACCCCCGGGGGGCGUCCUCCUCCAGCGGGGUGGUGGUGCAGGUCCGCGAGAAGAAGGGCCCCUUGCGCGCCGCCAUCCCCUACAUGCCCUUUCCGGUGGCCGUCAUCUGCCUCUUCCUCAACACUUUCGUGCCGGGACUGGGGACAUUCGUCUCGGCCUUCACUGUGCUGUGUGGAGCCCGCACUGAUCUCCCAGACAGGCACGUGUGCUGCGUCUUCUGGCUGAACAUCGCGGCGGCCCUGAUCCAGGUCCUCACGGCCAUUGUCAUGGUGGGCUGGAUCAUGAGCAUCUUCUGGGGCAUGGACAUGGUCAUCCUCGCCAGUGAGUACCGCUCACCGUGGGGCUGGGGCUGGGCCGGGAUGAGGAGAGCAGGCUGGAGGCGGGGCGGGGGCCAGAACGGCCUGGGAGCUUGUGAUCCCGCAGGGCAUGGGUGCUUGGCAGGGAGAUCAGCUGGGCCUGCUGCUCCCCGAGGGCUCACCCGUGUCCUCCUCUCUAAUGUCCGUGGCUGCCUGGACAGGGGACCUUGCCCGCACUCCCAGCUCCGGGGCCUGUAGGAAGUCCUGUGUGCAGAUAGGUCGAGACUACGCCAGACAGAAUGAACGAGAGAGGGAGGGAGCCCCUAUUCAGCUCAGACACAACAGGCAUUCCAUUUGUCAAGGAGGCAGGGUAGCAAGGGUGUGGCCCGAGGGAGCUUAGGUCCCCUGUGCUUAGCGUUCCCGUCCAUCCAUCAUGCACUUUCCAGAAAGAAGGAAAGGGCCACAGGAAUCCCUGUAACUGUGCUUUUUACAGCCAGACCAGCAUAAUUUCUCUUUCUUUUAAACUAAGCUCUUUGUUCAUUGAUGCUAAAGCCUUACUUCCUAAUUGGUAUUGACCUUCAUCCAUCCUUUAACACAAACUUGAUCCAGACACAAAACUGUUCUGUGAAAGGGUUUAGCCUUAUGAAAUCAAGUUUACCAAAGAUGACUUGAUUAACGUUUUAAAGAUAACCUAGUAAGAUCGUAAAACAGACACCAUCUAAAUAUUUUAAGCAGCUGUGCCCGUCGCCCUGUGCCCCAUGCCAUGUCCCCUGUGUUCUCACAUGCUCGGUCUACCUCAUUAGGCCACGGUUCCUCACGGACGGGGACCACACCUCCUCAGGCACUUUGUCCUUCUCUCCACGCCCUCACGCUUCUCACUGUGUCCUGCAUCCGACAAAUCCAUUCAUAAGUGCGAUGGUCAGUGCCAAGGGUAAGCUGCUCCAGAUAAGGACCGCAGAGGCAGGAAGGGGAGCUCGGGGUUCAGGGGGCCCUAGAAAUAUCUAGAAUGAUCUGUAGCUGAAUCAGCCUGAGUUUAGGAUCCUGUGAGGAUCCAAGACCCAGGGCACACACAGAUGCCAGGACCAGGCAAGUCCUUGGGUCAGUGACCCGUCGAGUCACCGGGCCAGAGCCAAUGCACGUACCAGAGCCUGAGGGGGAUCAGCAGAGCGGGUGAAUUGGUCAAACGGGCUGCCUAGAGGCACGUCCUCCAGGGGCCGAGUUUGGGGCGGAAGUGUGUUGGCUGGACUGCCAGAGCAUCCCAGAGUUAGAGCAGACCAGGCAGAUGCUGGGAGAAGUGGGAGGAGGACACCAGGCCUAGCCAGCAGCCGAGUGGGGCCUGUCAGGGAGGGCAGCGGGAGGUAAGCAGGCAGAGACCUGCCUGUCCAACUCCCUCGUGGGAGCCCCACUCUUGGGCAUGUUGAGGGACCACUUCCACUUGUGGGGAGGGGGUGCAGGACAGGAAGGAAGGGCUGCCAGCCUCCUGUGAGCUGGCACUUCCCUAGGAACCUGUGGGGUGGUCUGUAGCUCCUGAGCCUGUCCCCAGGUACAACCCAGAGGUGCACCUGCUCUCAGAAGCUUCCUCACAGUAGUCAGGAGGCCUGUGCUCCAUCUCCGCCCAGGAUGAGCCCCGAGCACCCUUACUGCUUCAUCUCAUCACAGCGAAUGUCUAGCCAGGCACUUGGGCACUUGAAUGAGGAACCUUUCCAUUAAGGUGGAACACACCUAUGUCACAGGGUGGGUCUCCACAAAUGUGUGUUGGUGUCUAAUCGGGUCCCUAGAACUUUCUGGUAUUCUUGUCUUGGGUCAUCCUUAAUACCCAGGAAUCACAGGGUCUAGAUCUGAAAGAUAACUUAAAGAACUCACUUGAUCAUGUCUUGGGUGAGGAAACAGAGGUCCCAAGAGGUAUAGAUGGGGACCCAGUCAAUUCUCACUUUCUGUUACCCGAGGCUGUUGACUCUUCUAUGGCUGAUGUGGGGGCCAUAACUGGACUGUAGAAUAAUCACAUGCCAGGAUCCCCCAUUCCCACCCUUCCUCCC